AUGGACCCUGCGUUCAUCGCGUGCGACUUUGAACAAGCUCGGAUGAACGCUGUCAAACAUCAGUUUCCCCGGGCCAAAGUCAUCGGCUGUCUUUUUCACUUCAAGCAAGCCCUACGCCGAAAGAUGCGCAAACUCGGAAUCACUGAACGCGAAGUCAACAUUGCAAUGGAAGAAGGGGCAAUGGAUGAGCUGACUACAAUCCACCAAUUUGAAAGUGUGCGCUCUGGAAUUCGCAAUGUGCAGUGCACUAUUCGGGAGGAAUGUCAAGACCAAGGCAUCGCGUUCUCUACUGAAGCAUGGGCCAAGUUCUGGAAAUAUUUCGUCCGCAUCUGGAUUUAA